AUGAACACUCUGCAGUAUUUUCUCUCGACCCUCCGACCCGCACCGCCUCCUAGUCCGAGAGCGAGCACCUCGGAACUCCCGAUCUCUGCCAGUGUCGCGUCUCCCGCGCGAAAGGAUGCGUCGGAUGUACCUGUGCAGGUGCAGAUGGACGAGAUGGAGGCUGAGGAACGGCGAAGGGGCGCGGAAGAGGGGCGGGGCGACUUCGCCGGCGAGGUCGAGCGAAGGCAGAACGAGGAAGGGCUCGCUGCUGGACCGCCGCGAAUCGGGAUCGUACCGCCCAGUAGACGGCCGAGUUGGAAGGGUAAGGCGAGGGGUGCGGAGGGCGCGGCUAUCCUCGCGACGGAGGAUCCGCUGCGUGACGGCGCGACCGUCAAGACGGAACUCGAGCGAAACGAGGGGAUUGAGUCGUCUUUCAUCGACGAGAAGGUACCCGUCGCCCAGGUGUACAACGACACAGUCGCGCUGCGGGACCCGGAACCUCCGCUCGACUCGUCAACCCUCUCCGGCAAACCUCAUCCCGCCUCUUCGUCGCCCGCCUGGCCGUGGAUGACCCGCCUCGCACGGUGGUGGCCGUUCCGCAUCACCGCUUCGAUCUACGUCCUCGUCCGCCGCUUCCUCUCCCUCUUCGGUCUCCCCUACUCCCCUCGAUCCGGCUACAACGCGCUUCUCGCACCGACUUUCUCGACCGAGCACGGUGCGGACGGCGACGAGGAGAGAGGCAAAGGCCGGACGAGAUUCGUCAGCCUCGCUCUGACCCUCUCGCAACGCUCCCUUCCUCCCUCCGACUCCCGCAUGCUCUCCCCGUCUCCCUCUCCCACUCCCUCACCCGGCAUUCCCCGCGCUCCUCAGCCUCCUCCUCGCCUCACGCCAAAGACCCUCGUCCUCGACCUCGACGAGACACUCAUCCACUCGACCUCGCGGCAAUCUAGCUCGCUUGCACGGCGGGCGCCGAAGGGCCUCAAGAUGCGCGUUGUCGAGGUCGUGCUUGAUGGACGCAGCACCGUGUAUACGGUUUACAAGCGGCCCUGGGUGGACUUCUUCUUGCGAAAGGUUUCGUCCUGGUACACCGUCGUUAUCUUCACCGCUUCCCUGCCGGAGUACGCCGAACCCGUCAUCGACUGGCUCGACGGCGGAGACGGGCGCGGAGGAAUGGUCGCUGCGCGGUUGUUUCGUGCGGACUGCAUGCCGCGCAAUGGCUCAUACGUCAAGGACCUCACGGUCGUCGAGCCGGAUCUCAGCCGUGUCUGCCUAGUCGACAACUCGCCCGCAAGCUAUGCUGUAAACCAAGCCAACGGUAUCCCCAUUGAGGGCUGGAUCAACGACCCCAACGACGAAUGCCUCCUCGACCUCCUCCCCAUGCUCGAUUCUCUCCGCUUCACCAACGACGUCCGCCGCGUCCUUGGCUUGCGCGGGUUCGGCAAACGCGAGUCUGGAGGUGGAGGGGUUGGGAUGGUUGCGGGAGGCGCGAGUAGGGGGAGGAUGCGGUGA